CACUCAUAUUAAACUCUGGAGACGUACCAUCCCAUAGGCUGACAGGCUUCUGGCUGCCACACCCACACAUGAGCUGCAGCAACUCUAUAAAGUCAGACUAUUCUGCAACUUCCUUAACUCUUCUCCCAUCUUCACCAGGUCGUUCAGGAGUCAGAGUGGUGUGUAUAGAAGAGGGAAGACCCAGACCAGAGCUCUAACAUACUACGGAAGUCACAGCCCUACAGGAACAUACAGGACCAUCUUCUGAGAGGAGGCUCAGGAGAAGAGGGAAAGACCAGAGCUCUAACAUACUACAGAAGUCACAGCCCUACAGUAACAUACAGGACCAUCUUCUGAGAGGAGGCUCAGGAGAAGAGGGAAAGACCAGAGCUCUGACAUACUACAGAAGUCACAGACCUACAGUAACAUACAGGACCAUCUUCUGAGAGGAGGCCCAGGAGAAGAGGGAAAGACCAGAGCUCUAACAUACUACAGAAGUCACAGACCUACAAGAACAUACAGGACCAUCUUCUGAGAGGAGGCCCAGGAGAAGAGCAACAUUCACAAAAACACAGGAAACACCCGAAGAAAGUUUCACCCUCAGAAAACACAGAUGUACACCGACAGACGCAACACACACACUUCCACACACACACUUCCACAGACAGAUAACUCAAGGAACUCCCAAGCUCACUCAUUCAUCUAGUCAGAUCAUUUCCUCUUGAAGGACAACAAUCAAUCAACCAACUGACAAAUCAAUCAACAUAUCAUCCAAUCAGUAUGUCUCGUUGGGGCCGUAAAGACGUGAAGAAGACUCCUGAGGUGAUCAGGACAGUGACAGAGGGGUUAAAGUCUCUGUACCAUCAGAAGCUCCUCCCCCUGGAGCAGCACUACGGUUUCCAUGACUUCCACUCCCCCUCUCUGGAGGAUGCAGACUUUGACAACAAACCCAUGGUUCUGGUGGUGGGGCAGUACUCCACUGGAAAGACUAGCUUCAUCAAGUAUGUGUUGGAGCAGGAUAUCCCAGGAAGCAGGAUAGGACCAGAGCCCACCACUGACUGUUUCACAGCCAUCAUGCACGGUGAGGUGGAGGGGGUGAUCCCAGGCAACGCUCUCAUCGUCGACCCCAACAAACCCUUCCGCAAUCUCAACCCCUUCGGAAGCACCUUCCUCAACAGGUUACAGUGUGCCCAGCUGCCCAAUCAGGUCCUGGAGAGCAUUAGCAUUAUCGACACGCCGGGGAUCCUGUCAGGAGCGAAACAGAGGGUGAGCCGAGGUGAGAAGAGCAAGGCUCAGGAGUGGACGGGUCAAGGCUAUGACUUCCCAGCGGUGCUGCGAUGGUUUGCGGAGCGCGUUGACCGCAUCAUCCUCCUGUUCGACGCCCACAAGUUGGAGAUCAGUGACGAGUUCUCCGAAGCCAUCGGAGCGCUGCGGGGUAACGAGGAGAAACUGCGUGUCGUCCUGAACAAGGCUGACAUGGUGGGAACACAACAGCUGAUGAGAAUCUACGGAGCUCUAAUGUGGUCUCUGGGCAAGGUGUUCCACACCCCAGAGGUCGUGAGGGUGUAUAUCGGGUCGUUCUGGUCUGAACCGCUGCUGGUCCCUGAUAACCGUCGUCUGUUUGAGCUGGAGGAGGAGGAUCUGUUUAGUGACAUCCAGAAUCUUCCUCAUAACGCAGCCCUCAGGAAACUCAACGACCUGGUGAAGAGGGCACGGCUGGUCAGGGUGCAUGCCCACAUCAUAAGUUACCUGAAGAAGGAGAUGUCAACCUUCAGGAAAGACAACAGGAAGAGGAACCUGAUCUACCAACUUCCUGUCAUCUUCUCCAAGAUCCAGCUGCAGCACCACAUCUCUGCUGGGGACUUCCCUGACUGUGCCAAGAUGCAGGAGCAGCUGUUGACCCAUGACUUCAGUAAGUUCAAGCCCCUGAAACCGUCCCUGAUGGUUGCUCUGGACGAGCUGCUGGCAUCCGACAUCGCCAAGCUGAUGCCCCUGCUGCGCCAGGAGGAGAUCAACAUGGGGGUGCAGCCAGUGGUGCAGGGGGGGGCCUUCCUGGGAACCCGCGCCGGGCCCUUCGUGAAGAACGACCCAUUCGGAGACGUGGAGAAGGAGGGCGAGGAUGGGGGCGAGAUGGCCUGGGUGGUGACCAAGGACAAGCCCAAAUAUGACGAGAUCUUCUACAACCUGGCGCCCAACGAGGGCAAGCUGAGUGGCACCAAGGCCAAGGACUGGAUGGUGAGCACCCGGCUGCCUAACUCCGUACUGGGGAGGAUCUGGAAGCUGUCGGAUGUGGACCGGGAUGGCAUGCUGGAUGACGAGGAGUUUGCCCUGGCCAGCCACCUGAUCGAGGUGAAGUUAGAGGGGCAUGGUCUGCCACCCGAGCUACCAGCACGUCUGGUGCCCCCCUCCAAGCGCAGGCAGAAAGGAUCUGAUAUAUAGAGAGACUACAUUAACACACCCUUUGGAGCUGAGAGUAUAACCCUCUGACAGCUGACACACACACUACUGCCCCCCCCCACGUUGUCACCUAGUCCCCCACGUUGUCACCUAGUCCCCCACGUUGUCACCUAGUCACCUAGUCCCCCACGUUGUCACCUAGCCCCCACGUUUUCACCUAGUCCCCCACGUUGUCACCUAGUCCCCCACGUUGUCACCUAGUCCCCCACGUUGUCACCUAGUCCCCCACGUUGUCACCUAGUCCCCCACGUUGUCAUCUAGUCCCCCACGUUGUCACCUAGUCCCCCACGUUGUCACCUAGCCCCCAUGUUUUCACCUAGUCACCCAGUCCCCCACGUUUUCACCUAGUCCCCCACGUUGUCACCUAGUCCCCCACGUUUUCACCUAGUCACCUAGUCCCCCACGUUUUCACCUAGUCACCUAGUCCCCCACGUUGUCACCUAGUCCCCCAUGCUUUCACCUAGUCACCUAGUCCCCCACGUUGUCACCUAGUCCCCCACGUUGUCACCUAGUCCCCAAUGUUGUCACUUAGUCCCCCACGUUGUCACCUAGUCCCCCACGUUGUCACCUAGUUACCUAGUCCCCCACGUUGUCACCUAGUCCCCCACGUUGUCACCUAGUCCCCCACGUUGUCACCUUGCCCCCUACGUUGUCACCUUGCCCCCUACGUUGUCACCUAGUCCCCCACGUUGUCCCCUAGUCCCCCACUUUGUCACCUAGUCCCCCACGUUGUCACCUUGUCCCCCACGUUUUCACCUUGUCCCCCACGUUUUCACCUUGUCCCCCACGUUUUCACCUAGUCACCUAGUCCCCCACGUUGUCACCUAGUCCCCCACGUUGUCACCUAGUCCCCACGUGGUCACCUAGUCCCCCACAUUGUCACCUAGUCACCUAGUCCCCCACGUUGUCACCUAGUCCCCACGUUGUCACCUAGUCCCCCACGUUGUCUCCUAGUCCCCCACGUUGUCACCUAGUCCCCCACGUUGUCACCUUGUCCCCCACGUUGUCACCUUGUCCCCCACGUUGUCACCUUGUCCCCCACGUUGUCACCUAGUCCCCCACGUUGUCACCUAGUCCCCCACGUUGUCACCUUGUCCCCCACGUUUUCACCUAGUCCCCCACGUUGUCACCUAGUCCUCUACGUUGUCACCUAGUCCCCCACGUUGUCACCUAGUCACCUAGUCCCCACGUUGUCACCUAGUCCCCCACGUUGUCACCUAGUCACCUAGUCCCCCACGUUUUCACCUAGUCACCUAGUCCCCCACGUUGUCACCUAGUCCCCCACGUUGUCACCUAGUCCCCCACGUUGUCACCUAGUCCCCCACGUUGUCACCUAGUCCCCCACGUUGUCACCUAGUCCCCACGUUGUCACCUAGUCACCUAGUCCCCACGUUGUCACCUAGUCCCCUACAUUGUCCCCUACGUUGUCCCAGUCCCCUACAUUGUCCCAGUCCCCUACGUUGUCCCCUACAUUGUCUCCUAGUCCCCUACGUCAUACCCUAGUCCCCUACAUUGUCCCCCACAUCUCUACAUUGUCCCCCUAGUCCCCUACGUUGUCCCCCAGAUCUCUACAUUGUCCCCCAGAUCUCUUCAUUGUCCCCUGCAUUGUCCCCUAGUCCCCUACAUUGUCUCAUAGUCCUCUGUGAUGUCCCCUACAUUGUCCCCUACGUCAUCCCCUAGUCCCCUACAUUGUCCCCCAGAUCUCUACAUUGUCCCCUACAUUGUCUCAUAGUCCUCUGUGAUGUCCCCUACAUUGUACCCUAGUCCCCUAUUUUAUCCCCUACAUUGUCUCCUAGUCAUCUAUGAUGUCCCCUACAUUGUUUCCUAGUCCCCUACAUUGCCCUCUGAUGUCCCCUACAUAGUCUCAUAGUCCCCUACAUUGUCCCCUAGUCCCCUACAUUGUCCCCUUGUACCCUACAUUGUCUCCUUGUCUCAUUAUCUUUCCUUACUUCAUGUCUGUAAGCCCCUGGCUGCAUCUCAAUAGUCUUCGGUAGCUUUCUCUUCUCUUCUCCUGUAAAGUCACAUUUUCUUAUGUUUAUGUUUUAUUCCUAAAGGAUAUCAGAGGUCCGAUGCCCUUUCAUGUUUUGUAUUAAUGGACAAAAGGAGAGUAGAGAGGGGUAAGUAGACAGAGUCGUGGAGAUGGGACUCGAACCCCCGUGUCCAAUGUGUCUCCACUCUAAUUCCUUUCCCAUAGUGUAGAUGAAGGAAAGGAGGAGGAGGAGACUUUAUAUUAUUGAGAUGCGCCACAACUUUUUCCAAUUGGAUCUAAAUGUGUUUUGCUGAGUGAUGUCAAAUAAAAGCUAGUGGCCUGCUCUACUCUACUCCACUCUACACUGCUCUGCUCUACUCUACUAAUUACACACUGAUCUGAUUAUACACGGCUCUGACAGAUGCCUUACUAUAUUUGACUUGCUUUUACAUGGAGCUAUUUAGCAGGGAUUUUAACAAGACAGACAUACAUAGACACAUGUUGAAUAUGUUCAAGUACACUAAUCUACGUUCAUGUAUUUGAUAGACAGCUGUUGCCAUUAGAUACAGUAUAAAGCUUGUUUAGUCAUCUCUUUGUCUGUCUGCAGGGGACUGGUCCAACCAAUAACAUUGCAGGACUUAUAUAGUUAGUAUAGUUUUCCUCACACACUAUGUCACUGUCUUCUUCUAUUCAGCUUUUGGGGAAUUGUUUAGUGAGUAUUGCUGUUGAUGUUCUAUGUACUAGACAAAUAACUGCAUUUGUUUCAAAUUAAUGUCAUAUGCUGUGAGAACAAUGUUAUGUAUGUAAUGAUAACGUGUUAUUAUCAUUACCUAAUAAACUGUAUGGACAGCUACAUGUUGUUAUCAUUACCUAAUAAACUGUAUGGAACAGCUAACCCAGCAGCUACAUGUUGUUAUCAUUACCUAAUAAACUGUAUGGAACAGCUAACCCAACAGCUACAUGUUGUUAUCAUUACCUAAUAAACUGUAUGGACAGCUACAUGUUGU